CGAUAAAGCGCUGCGCUGUCUGGACAAUAACAAAAACAGAUACAGAUAGUCUGAUAUCCUGUCUUGUGCUUGCUGCCAUCAGGAUGAACUUCAUGUCACCAUGCCUGAGUCCCAGUGUGUCAAGCAGCAAGCCCUGUGCAGAUGGCUAUGAUGUUCAGAAUCUGGUAGGGAAUUACUGUGACCAUACUUGACAUAAAGCAGCGAAAGUGGAUGGAAUUGUAAAAAUGGAUUAUCAGUGGAACCAAAGGCUUCAUGGGAGCAUACUUCAUCCGGCCUCCUGUGGACAUAUCUGUGGUAUUCCCUGUGCCUAUUGACAUCAGCUGCAUCAAGAUGGUGGCAAGACUGGAGCAGAAGUGUAGCACAGGAUUCUUAGUCUUCACUGAACCUGAGGACAUCUCUUCAUCUCAGUCACACAGUGCCACCCAUUCCAGUCAAGUCAGUAGCUCAAAGGAUAUCUCAAAUGAACCCUCUACCAGUCAUGGUCACUCCUUUGUAAUGAAUGAGUUCUUAGAAGAUUCCUGUAAGUCUUCAGUAACAGCAUCAGAUGGAGACAAAGAUACAAGUGACAUACACUUAUGUGUUGGCAAGUUUUACACCAAGAAGGAGGAUGUGUUAGUGCUCAAAAACCAUCACUAUAAACACUGGUUAAAACUUCCAAUACCAGAUGCAAAGAACAGUGUGAAGAGUCAGAGUUUAUAUCACGGUUCCUUGAGACACACAAACCGGAAGGCAUUGAAAUGUGUUAAAAGUAUGAUAAUAAGAAUACAGAGCACAUCAGAAAGAGCCUGUCCACCUGUCUUACAUUCUCUUGAAGUGUGGGGACAGGCAGGCAUAAGCACAAACAAGAGUAAAAGAAGAGAGCUGUUAAAACAAUGGAAAGCUUACAAACCCAUCACCAAGACUGAGCUCGAUGUCCCACGGCUCUACAACUCAAAUCCUGAGGAAAAGAUGACUGAAAAAUCACAAAAUGAUGACUUAAACAAUAGAGAUCUGCUGGAGAUACCUGAUGACUUCCUGGAUCCUCUGACGUGUGACAUUAUGACAAUACCAUUGCUCCUGCCCUCUGGCAACUCCAUUGAUGCUCACACUCUGGAAAGAUAUAUUGCAAGUGAAGCCACUUGGGGACGACCUGCUUCUGACCCCUUCACUGGUGUUCCCUUCAAGGGAGACAAACAACCUGUACCCAAUGUGUCUCUCAAGGCUCGGAUUGACAGGUUUCUCCUUGCUAAUGGGGAACAUCCAGACAUUGAGAGGUGUGGCCGGACAGUUGGUUCCUUUGUGAGCGGUGGUGAGGCUGGUGAUAGUUUAAAUAGUGCCAGUAACAAAAGAAUGUGUCUAGAGUAUUCAGGAGAGAAUGAACUGGAUGAUAAUAAAAGGAAGGUUGGUAGAGUAGAAAUAGAUACUGAAGUAGUAGCAGAAGGUGGCAGUACUACAUUGGAUGAUACAAAAAACAAUUCUUUUGAUGACUUGAGCAUGGAAAUUGAAGCAGCUCUUAGAGGAAAACCAAAAUACUUGCCAACUCAAGCGAGUAUUCAAAAGCAAAAAGACAAAGAAGAAACAGGUAAAGUGAAGCUAUCCUCCAGUUCCCUAGGUUAUAAGAUGCACUCUAAAGUAUUACGUGCACAAACAGUAAAGAACAGGAGAGAUGCAGUAACAAGGCCAGGCCAGUGUUUGUUGGGACCUGAGAGUUCAUCAAGUAGUCAUCAUGGUAUAGUCCAGAUGAUAGGAGGCAUCUUAUCUGUCACUCAGGGCAGGACAGCGAGAGUCAGAAGGUUACCAGCUCAUCGUGUUAAUGAAAGACCAAGUCAUCUUAUUCAUGGUGACAAGCCAUCACAAAAUUAUACUUAUCCAUUCACACAGUCUGCAUCAUGUUCAUGUGGUGGUACAGAGGCACUGUAUAAGCUUGAUUGUGAACACUUGCUGUGCCGUACAUGUUUGUUUAAGGAACAAAGUCAUCAAGAAGUAGAGUGUGGGACUUGCAAAAGGACUUGUAAAAAAUCAAGUAUAUCAAAAUAUCAUACAAAAAGUAUAUUCUCUACGUGACAUACAUUAAUCUCUGUGAUUGAUAAGAAUCCUGAUACUUACACCUCUGAUAAAAGUAAGGGUUAAAGAACCUUAUUAAGGUGAAGGUCUAUUUAUGUUCUAAGUGUUGUAUUCCAAAGUCCCUUUCCGAAGUUUUGGACAUACAUAGGUUCCUGAUGAACUUAUUUACUUUUAGGUAAAUGAAGGAUGGCAAGUACUUGGUUCUCCUAAUUUAAAGUCAGAGUUUUUCCAAUUAUUUACACUAAUGGUGAACUGGAGGAAAAGUGCUGACUCAGAUAUGAAGGUUUCCCAGAGCUGUAAAGCUGGCAUGCCACUUCCUUUUGUAUUGUCAUUGGAUUGUGGAAUAACUGCUCAGCCAAACAGUAGUUUUGUUGAGAAAUAAGUCUCAUUCUUGUUAUCCAAGUUAAGGACUGAAAAUUCAACCUCAUUUGUUAAUAUUUUUAAAUUUUUAAUAAAAAGAAUCCAUAACACCAAAUGGAA